GUGUCGGUUCCUGGCCGAUGCCAGAUCUGCAUCUCAACCUCCAUCUUUUCCUGGUUCGAUUGCAAAAUCAUCCUUUGUCCUUGAGGACAUCCUAGCUUUCUUUCUCCCGGAGAAUUACAGGAGAUGUCAUGACCUCUCGUUCGGCUCCGGAGCAGCAUUCCAGUGACGGAAUGUCUACUGAUCCUUGUCUCGGAUAUCAAGGCUCCAAGUAUCGCGGGCUAGAUCCCGACUCCCAUACUGCAGAGAAAUUGCAUCAUGCCUCCCCCAAGCACAUCCAUAUGACGAAUCGGCGGUUCUUCAUCGGCCCAAUCCCGCAGGGCUGGUUGCAGAAUCACCGCAAGUCAUGGUGGAGGUCGAGGCUAAGGCUUAGUAAAUACUCCUCGAGAACUGUCACUUUCUCUGCUGAUCCCAUGGUCGCGCGUUACACUGAGGAGUAUGACAGUGAGGAAUAUGAAUCAUCUCCCGAAGAAGAGUCAGCUGGUCUGGCCGACACAACAGAAGACGAGGAAACAGAACGGGACCUAGAGGACGAGAUCAGUGAUCGCGAGUCGCGCCUGCGAAAGAGCUUACAAACUAUACCCUACACUCUCUCCGAGGAGCACGAAGUCUCGCGAACGAUCACUGCGGAUACUAGCCAGUCAAUUUCGAGCUCAACAGCGAACUACGAAGGCGCGUCUACUAGGAGACAAGAUGGCGGCUCUGCUUACUACACGGCGCAUGAGCGCGGCCCUAGCGAUGCAUCCCUGGAACCCAGCAUGGUGCAACAGGAGCAAGCCACGCAGGAACAGGACAGGCAAACUCUACAGGUUCCUAGCCAAUAUGCCGAGAGUCAGUCAAGCCCCAUGAUUCCUGCUAGCGAUCAUGGAUCCACAACUGGGUUGCUAAGGCCAGCUUCGCGAUCCAAAGGAAAGGGAAGGCUACCUUCGACGGCAACAUCUACAGAUUUAGAGCAGCAUGAGCCUCGUGUUGAGAGCGAUGAAGAGCAAUCGAUUCCGCAAGGGAAGCGAGUGCGAAGCAACCCUUUACACCCUUUUCACAAGAAGGCGGUCAAAUACAACCUGGAUGACAAUCUACUGGACAAACAACAACGGCUUUUCUCUCGCAUAUCAAGGACACAGGGAGUGUUGUCGCGACACCGCCCCCACCGGCGGAAAAUCCAAGAAGGGGAGGUACUGAAAGCAGAGAAAAUGCUCGUCCGAAUUGAGGAGACACUACAGGAUAAGCUCCCCGACGACUAUACGGAAAAUGAUAGUCUCAAGUCCGAAAACCGAGUCGUGGAUCAAUGGCGCGAAUACCUCGUGGCGUGUCGAGUAUCUUCUAAUCCAGAUGCGCCAUUCUCCCUGCAGAUGUACAAGACUCGUGUCAUUCCUGAGGUCCAAAAAGCCGGCACGCGGGUUUCACCGCAGUAUGAUAUACCACUGGGUCGCAAAAAGACCAAGGUCAACCUUUACUCCCACUUGGACAAGACAAUUGUCCUCUGGGGCCCCUGCAAGCGUGGGACGAAGAUCUUUAUCAUACGGCCAAAGUCUGCGGCGCAUGCUAUGGAAUGGUACACCUUCCUGAGCCAGGUGCUAGGAAAGCGCCGUCCGUCAUCACUCCCAAUCUAUGUCCCCGACCUUGGCGUGUCACUCGUGUUCAAAAAUCCCUUCGAACAACUUGAAGCAAUAUAUUCGAAGAAAGGGAAGGGUGGUGUGUUGGGCCGAGCUGCAACAGAGGAGAAAUCUGUCGCCGCAGCCAUUGUACGUGGGUGCUUGGAAAUGCUGGAGCACCGCCCUGAAUGGGCCGAGGUCCUGAAUCGCUGGAUGAAAACUGAGAUCAUGGGGCUUGCGUGGAAACGGUAUGAUCGAUUGGAAUGGGUGUUCGGCAGCAACGAGGCGAACAUGUACGGAUCAAUCGCGAUGCAUACCACUCACGAGCUUGAGCUGCGACCGAGGCAACAUUAUCAUACGCAUGUCAAACACGACACCGAAAAAGAGGAUGAGCCUGCGCCCGUGGAAGGGUUCCUUGUGCGCCUCACGUCACAACGUGGCGUACAUCAGCGGUUAAACAAGAUGUUCUUCAAAAGACUGUAUUUCUUUACCCAAGAUCACCACUUGUUUUUCUGCAGGCCCUCAAAAUCACUACCUCCAGCACCUCCAAAGCUUGACCGCGAUGCGUCGACUAUGCCCACAACCCAACAGAUCAUGGAUGCUUCUCCUCUUUCUUACGACAUUGAUCCCUAUCCGUUACAAGACGGAGAGAUUACAUGGUUGUCAAGUGGUAAUAAGGAACACGUUGUGAAACAUGACGAGGAAGCCUACGCGCAACAGCAAAGAAACGCCCAUAACAUCGAGCAUGCGGACGGCUUCCUUGAUCUAAGUCGGGUAAAAGAAGUCCGUAAUGUUCACCGUGAUAGCUGCCCUGCCGAUCCCAAUCUCGAACAAGGGCCGGAUGUCGAAUUCCAUUCUGACGCGAGAGACUCGCACAGGGAUGACGGUGCUACGAAGCAGUUCGAUGAUGACAGGACGUUCGAGAUGCUAUUGCACAAUGACCUUGUUGUUCGAUUCCAGGCGUACGAUGAAAUCACAAAGAAUGAAUGGAUGAAACGGCUGGAUGCCUUGGUGAAAUACUGGAAAGUCCGGCUGGCGGCUGAUGCAGCAGAGUUGAAGGUCCUGCGGCAGCGCAACCAGGAGCUUCUUGGCAUUGACGAGGAGAUGGAGUCAAUCAUGGGGCAAUUUGCGCGAAAGUGGGAGGUCAAGAAAGCCGAAGCCUCGCCCUUGUUGCACAACAUCUGCGCUCUGUCAGGCUGUCGGACAAUCAAGAUGUCCGGACAGCUGUAUCGGAAGCCUCGUCGUCACAGCACCUUCAAGCGGUGCCAUGUAGUCCUCAUGGCCGGGAAGUUGUUGAUAUUCCGGACCUCCCUGCGAAAGCGUAACGGCGCCGAAGUGCCUCAUAUACACCAAAGCUUGGAGACUACCAUUGACCUAGCCGACUGCUAUAUUUACUCGGGUCUUCUGACCGAUUCGGAUCUGCUCUACACAAACCAGACUUUUGACAGCAAUCGGCCCGGCCACCAGUCCCUCCCUCGCGUCUACCUCUCUACCGACGUGUACACAAGCAGUGACGAAGAUACUGCGAUCGCGUUCGUGAUCUGGCAGCCUCUCCGCAAGAACUACUUCCGAUCGCGCGAAUACGGCACCAAGGGAGAAAAGCGGCAGCGACUGAAGCAGGUGUCGACGCUGGGCGUGCACGGGCGAACCAUCGUCUUUAAGGCGCGCAGCCGUGUCGAGAAGGAUCGGUGGGUGUUGAGUAUAGCAUCCGAGAUUGACCGAAUGCAAAAUGACCGACCGGAGGAUGUGCGGAUAAUCUCUCAGCAGAACUAGCGACUGCAGCUUCUAGGUAUGUAGUAGUUAACGUUAAAUGCCUGCGCGCGUGCAGCUCUAAAGGUCUAGUUUAUAUACGAGCGAAGGCGCGCGAGAGAGAGAAGUUUAUGUACAUAGUAAUCGAACAC